GGCGGCCUUGUCGAGGUGGAGUACCUGCCUGGCUGCGAGGGGUGGGAGUACGUAAAGUACUGCUUCCGCUGCUCGCUCUUCACUCUGGCGACGACCGCUUGGAGCACACACUGCACGUUGCCGCCCGCGGGUCUCUGCACACCUCCCGCUGUGAGUAGGUGACGAUCGUGGACCACUUGUACGGCGUCCAUUUACAGUGGGCGAACGGGAUGGUGGUGGCGUGCCGCGAGCAGCUCGGCGCAGACCACCCUGUCCGCCGCUUCCUGACGCCGUACUAUUUUGGCACCAUCCAAGUCCGCCAGCGGCGAGGGCGCCGCGCACAGACGGAGGAGGGGCGCCAAAGCCACCGCGCUGAUCGAGAGUAGGUGAACCACAUCGCGCGCCACUUGCUGAUCGCGCAGGGCUCGCUCGGCGCGCGCAAUUUUGCCUUCUCGGACGAGGGGUUGCGCGCCGCGUGGCAGGCGGUGCCCGAGGUGAUGGUGGACGGCGCAGAGCUGCGAGGCGGGGGGUGUAGCCGAGAUGUGGUGGCCGAGGGGCGGAGAGAUCGCGAACCCGCCGCCGCCGCGCGCAGCAGCGCCGGAGCCUCGCCCGACCCCGCCCUUCGCCCUCGGCAGGCGAGCUGGGCGACGCCGAGCUGCUGCGCCUCCUCUUCGGCGUGCCAGAGUACUG